UAGCUUAAGUAGUCCAUGCCCAGGGUGAAUCACAGCUCCGUGGCCGUAACUGUAGAUGUAGAAGGCUAUGGAUUUGACCCUUUGCAUCAUGCUUUGCAUGCUCAUUGUUUGAUGGUGUAACGAUCGAGUGAAGAAAUUAAAAAUGAAAAAUAUUCUUCAGUUAACUUUAGCUAUUCUUAAACCCGAUGUCGUGAAAGUUCCCUUUGUCGUACAGGAAAUUCGUCACACGAUAUUAACAGCUGGAUUCUAUGUGGUUCAGAGUCGUAGUGUUAAUUUGUCUCAUCAGGAAGUUGAGCAUUUUUAUUCGGAACAUGCUGGAAGAUUUUUUCAUCAAAGACUAGUUACCUUCAUGAAAAGUGGACCCAUUCAUGUACAUAUUUUAGCUCACCCUGAAGCCAUUCAAUUAUGGCGUCAGACAAUGGGCCCCACAAAAUCUUUCAUAACUCAGUUUGAAGCUCCUGAAACCAUUAGAGGAUCUUUUGGUCUUACUGAUACCAGAAAUUGCACUCAUGGAUCUGAUUCCCUAGCUUCAGCAUUGAAAGAAAUAACAUUUUUCUUUCCCAAAUUCAACUAUGAAGAAUGGUCAGAGAAACAUGAACCAUUGCUUAGAAGAGGGGAAUGUAUUAUUGACAACUCUACAUUCACCCAUAAAAUUAAAUAAGAUAGUACUGCUGGUACUACAUCAAAAAGUUGUCAAACUGUAAGUUACAAAGUGAAAGUUGCAAUACAAUAAAUAUAAAUUAUA